AUGUCCAGAACAGAAUGGAGGGGCAACUUAUGGCUUCGUAUGGAUCCAUACGACGCCAAGGCUUAUAUCCAGAACACCAUCUAUUAUUGGUUAUUGAAAGAGGGACAGCAUGUUCCCCCAGUCUGGGAGUGUGAUAUCGAGACUACACACCUCCUCGACGCCUUGCCAGGUCCUCUCAUCUGCGCGGAGGAGCUCUUCGUGUCGGAUAGUGCGACGGAAUCCCACUAUAGAAGAGGAAACAGAAAGAACAAAGGAGCCGAAAGAGUUGGCGCGAUCGAAGUUGAUGUCUCCCUCUUAAGAGACAAAGGGUUAAUUACACCCGAAGAAGACCCCACCAACAAGGCUGGCAAGAAGGUUGGGGCGAGACACUACAAGAUCACCCUAAAGCUGCGAAUGAGGUUAUAG